ACAAGAAGUGGAGGAUACAAGAGGAAGCGAAAGGAGAGUAAAAGUAGAAGACUAGAAUGAAAAGGAGAAGAAAAGAGUAGAUUAGAAAACAGAAGGGAAGAGAAAAGGAGAGAGGAGAGGAGUGGAGAACAGACGAGUGGACCGAGGAGGAGGGGGGGUUUGGCAGCUCCGGCCCAACCAGCCAUCAAUCAGCCCCCAUCGCAGUGGUCCUGCCCAGCGGAGAGAGGGAGGGGCGAGAGAGCACACAGGGACGGAGAGAGAGAGACGAUGAUGAUGGCGUUCGAGCGGCCUGCCCAUACUCCUCCAGCCCUGGUGCCGCUGCUGGUCAGCGCCGGGGCGGUUCUGGUGUCUCAGUAUUUCUUCAACGCAGCGGCGCAGGUUCCCGACCCCGCGCUCCUUCCUACGGACCCCCCACCGAAGCCGGACCCCAUCACCUCUGAGACUGUGGUCUUCUGGGGUCUCCGGUUAUGGCAGGUCGUGGGAAUCUUCUCCAUGUUCAUCCUGGCGAUUAUCAUAACCCUCUGCUGUAUCUUCAAAUGCCGAAUUCCUCGGACGAAGAAGGAGAUCGAGGCCCGGAACGCUCAGAGACAGGCAGCUAAAACCUACGCUAACACGCUGGAGACGGUUCCUCCACUCAACGAGCUCACGGAAGUCCCAGGAGCUCCAGCUGACUCCUCCUCAGCGGUUAGGACUGUCUCGGAGCAGGUCCAGAGCCGAGAGGCCAGACAGCUGGCAGCCGUCCGCGAGGAAGACGAGCUGACCAAUCACCAUGGCCAACCCCAGAGCGGAUAACUGAUCUUCAUCUGUUCCUUCUUGAUCUAUGUGACUCUCUCUCCCUCUCUUCCCCUCUCUCUCUCUCUCUCUCUCUCUCUUUCUCUCGCAACACACACUAACACACCACCACCACAUCAGUGUUA